UUUUUUUGGUCUGUUUUAUUUCUUCUUUGUUUGCAGGAUCUAUCUCGAGAUGAAGGAGAGUUCGACAAGGCUCUUUUGAAGUUCUAUCUCAAUCAAAAAGUAAAAUGCUUAAAGAGGAAACUAUCAUCUGCUUCUAGGAGGAAUGUGAGGCAGAAACGAUCUACUGAUUUCCCCACUUGUGCCACUUUCACUACAUAUUCUGGGAAGUUCUUCUCUGGUGUUGUUGCUGGAAUGUGUCCUAGGUAUCAGAAUGUCAUCCAGACAUACGGCAUGGGCUGUCUCUUAAACUUUGCUAGGACCGAGGUUCCCCUUAGGCUAGUGAAGUGGCUUGCUAGUAGGUUUGAUGUCCCUUCAUCUGAAUUCCAGUUCGAAAGGAAAUUUAUCCCAAUGACCAAGUAUGAUAUCCAUGAUAUCCUUGACCUCCCAGUAGAUGGUGAGCCACUUGUGUCUGAUCCUGAGUCUGGACGUGAUUUUAUCCUGUCUCACUUCAAUGUUUCUAGUAUUCCUCCUGUCUCUUUCUUCGCCAGCAAGCUUAAAUCCACCGAAGUCGAGUUGUCUGAUGAAGACAUUUUCAUUUGCUUCAUGAUUGUUGCGUUGUCCUCAUUCCUUUGUCCCAACUCUAGCCUCAGUCCUAGCCCAAAGUACCUGCAUAUUUUCAGGGAUUGUUCUUCUGUGUGCAACUAUGAUCUGUCCGGAUAUGUUUAUGAGUGGUUGUUGAGCAGCAUCAAAAAGUUCAAGAAUUCCACUAAAGUUGCUUCUAAAAGAUCAGUGACGUCUGGUGGUUGUCACUAUGCUUUUGCUGUUUGUUACCUUGACCAACUUAAUUUCGGUCUCCAUUCUGUCCCUGAUGUCAAGCCCCGGAUUCUAGCAUGGAGAGGUAACAAAGUUAAGCAAUUUUCAGAGCUUGACAGAAACAAUAGCCGCUCUUAUGGCAAGAGGCCUCUAAAGCGGUUGUUUGCUCCAGUUAAUCCACAUAAGUCUAUCGAGAAAUCUUCAGCAAGCAAAGAUGGUGAUGUUCCCCUUUGCAGUGACAUGCUUUUUGAAAUGAAUGUGCAGAAAUCCUUCGGUGCUCGUUUUGGGUUUGAGGCCGCUCAAGUAGUCAUAAACCUUGUUCAAUCUAGGAACAAAGACAAGCCCAAGCUAUUUGUACAAUGGUCACAGUCCCUUGUAAUUGACGUUCUAGAAUGCUUAUCACUCUCUACUCUAAAUGCCAAAUCUGUCCCGACACCUAAAGUUUAUUCAAGUGAGGGUCAUUCUCUCAACAAGUUCUCUUUUGGCGCCAAGUCUGUCUCUAUUCAAUCUUUCAUUGAUGAGAGGAAGUGUGAGACUGUUGUUGAGAAAUCAUCUCCUGAAGUCCAGCAGCAAAUCCCCAAUUUGAAUGAAGCUUCUCCUUUUGUUUCUGGUGUUGUUAGUGUUGGGGGUUUUCACAACCCAGUAGUUUUAUCUAGUUCAUCUCCAGCUCCUAAAGUGUGUGAUGAGGGCGUGGUAAAUGAGGCAAAUGUUGAAGCUGCAAUUCCAGUGGCGGUUUUAUCUUCUAUAAAAAGUCCUUCUCAUUCUAUAGGUCCGAGCUCUUCUUUUCUCUUAUUUAAAUUCUUGUAUUCUUCAUUUUCCUUUUUAUUUGUGUCUUGUUUAUUUUUUUCUUCACCUGUGCUUGUAUCUUCUCUUUUUGUAGGUAUAUCCCCUUCAACGACGCGGUGUGCAAUUCCUGUUGUUGGUUCUACUAUGGAGCCCUUAGGUCCUUUGUGUGUUUAUUUAUUUUUCUUGGUAUAGUUUGAUAUUGUUUUGAAACAAUUUCUGUAACUCACCCUCUUGUUUUGUGUUUUGUGUAGCUGGUCUUAUUAAGAAAUGCGAACCCAAGGCCGAUGAUAAUGGUUUUCAAAGACCCACUUUUGCUCAGUUAAAUCGCACUCUUGGUGUUCAAUCUAAUGGCGAUGUUACCAAUGGUGAGCCCAAUGUUAAAGAGGUCGAUAAUUCUUUUGGAGAACCGUCCCCUCUGGUUCCUAUUCACUUGUCGCAGCGUUUCCAUAAUGCGGUUGCAAGUUGUUUGUGGUCCCUGAUGACGAGGGGGUUUGUUUGUCCAGGUCGAACGGGCAAGAUGUUUACCCGACCCGUUUAGAGGUUCGUUUUUUGCUUUCUGGUGAUUUUCCUGCUAGUACAGGUGUAAUCUGUUGAUUGGACAGAAAAUUUGACUGUUUUUGAAUUGAAAAACAGUCAGA